UUUUGGUACUUUUAUAAAGUUACGCGCACAAUCGUGAAUCGUGAUUAUAUCAUGAUCAUCGCAUAUAUGCAUCAGCUGAUAUGCGGUGAUUAUGCAGUAGUAUUUUGGCAGUCUUACGACAAGUUGUGAUUGAUAAAAUUAUAAAAGGCCCAGACAAAUAACGGACUUUCAUUCAUUCUUCUCGUCUUAUAAAACUCAACUUCCACCAUGUCUUUCACAGACAAAGACGGCGAGAGAGCACCUCUCCUUGGGGGAGAAAGUCACAAUAUCAUGGGUAAAAAAAGGUGGAGCUACGGAAGGUGACAAAAAUGGGGGUUACGGCGGCGUGGAAGUCGCUGGAGUAGCUAAAGAGCUUGACAGUGACAGUGGCAGUGGUACUAGUGUCGAAAUCAAGGAUGGUGAAGAUAAACAGAAGGUUCCACUAAGUAAACUGUUCAGGUAUGCCACUGCUUUUGACUAUUUCAUCAUGGUCAUUGGGGGUCUAGCUGCCUUAGUCCAUGGGGCCGGGUGGCCGGCACUCAACCUCUUCUUUGGUGACCUCAUAGACGAAUUCAUUGACUUUGAUACCAAUAACACUCUACCCACCCUUCCCCCCGGUGUCACAUACCCACCGAUUGAUCCGAUGGAGGAGUUUGACAAGCAGAUGCGCAAAUAUGCCCUGAUCUUCACGUAUGUCGGGAUAGCGGUGGUGUUUGCAUCUUAUAUCCAGGUAUCUUGUUGGAGUCUGUCGUGUGAGAGGCAGAGCCAUAAGCUACGGAAGGAGUUCUUCAAAGCUAUUCUCCAUCAAGAGAUUGCUUGGUUUGAUCAACACCAAAGUGGAGAACUCACUUCUAGAUUGGCCGAUGACAUGGAGAGAGUUCGAGAGGGUCUUGGUGAUAAGAUUGGUGUCUGUCUUCAAUUUUUAUCACAGUUUGCAACAGGUUUUGCCAUUGGUUUCUGGAAGAGUUGGGAGCUAACGCUCGUCAUCAUGUCCCUGACUCCUCUCCUAGCCAUAGCUGGUGGUUUCAUGGCUUACCUGAUAACAUCAUUCUCUAAAGCCGAGCAGGAGGCGUAUGCCAAGGCUGGCAGUGUAUCAGAAGAGGUUCUGGCUUGCAUUAGGACCGUCAUUGCAUUCGGUGGAGAGCACAAAGAAAUAAAGAGGUAUGAGAAGGAGCUGGAGGGUGCAAAGAAGAUUGGAAUCAAGAAGGGUGUCAUCACUGCCUUUGGUCUUGGUCUAACAUUCUUCAUCAUGUUCUCAGCUUAUGCACUGGCUUUCUGGUAUGGCCCGAGGAUGGUUAGCGAAGGUCGUCUGACCGGGGGAGAGGUCAUGACAGUGUUCUUCUGUAUCAUGAUUGGUUCGUUCUCCAUCGGGAACAUGAUCCCGCCUCUUAGCACCGUGGCAACGGCUAGGGGAGCGGCUGCCAUCCUCUUUGAAGUCAUUGAUGAGGAACCAGUCAUUGACAUGCGCUCUACAGAGGGUCUGAAACCUGACACCAUCACGGGGAACAUUGACUUUGAGAAGGUCCACUUCACGUACCCCUCUCGACCCGAUGUGCCAGUCCUGAAGGGUAUCAGUCUGAGCGUAAAGACCGGGCAGACCGUCGCCCUCGUGGGUUCCAGCGGAUGCGGGAAGUCGACCACUGUCAACCUUCUGCUGAGGUUCUAUGAUGUUCUAGAUGGAAGGAUCUUCAUCGAUGGCAACGAGAUUCGUGACCUCAAUCUUCGCUGGCUUCGUCAGCACAUCGGUGUGGUGAGCCAGGAACCGGUCCUCUUCAACUGCUCCAUAGAGACCAACAUCUCUUACGGACGAGACGGUGUUACCAAGGAGGAGAUGGUGAAUGCUGCAAAGAUGGCCAACGCCCAUGAAUUCAUCAUGAAAUUACCCAAGGGUUAUGAUACCAUUGUCGGAGAGCGUGGUGCCCAGCUGUCCGGUGGUCAGAAGCAGAGAGUAGCCAUCGCCAGAGCUCUGGUCAGUAACCCUAGGAUACUGCUACUGGACGAAGCUACGUCUGCUCUGGACAGCGAGAGUGAGAAGUUGGUCCAGCAGGCCUUAGACAGGGCCUCGGAAGGACGUACUACCAUCGUGAUCGCCCAUCGCCUCUCGACCAUCCAGAAUGCUGACAUCAUCUAUGCCCUGAACGACGGGAAGGUGGUGGAGUUUGGGAACCACGCCGAGCUGAUGAAGGCUAAUGGAACCUACAAACAGCUGGUCACUCUGCAGAUCAUUGCCAAGGAGGAAGGAGAAGAGGAUAAUGCGGAAGAGGUGGGAGAGCUGAUGAAGCGUCAACCCAGUCAUAACAAGAUCUCAAGGCAGCUCUCCCAUCAGAAGUCACGCCAUCUCUCAUCCAGCAGUCUGGACGACGGAAAGAAAGAUACAACUGAUGAGGAGGAGGAGGAAGAAGAGAUUCCUAAGGCUAGCUACUGGGAGGUGUUGAAGCUCAACGCCCCUGAGUGGUAUCUCAUCGUCAUCGGCUGCUUCUUCUCAGCCAUUCUAGGAGUCACUAUGCCCGUCUUUGCCAUCCUCUUCAGUGAAAUUAUCAAGCUCUUUAGUUUACCUAAUGAUGAAAUAGAAGAGGCAGCUGUGUUCUGGUCCUGUAUGUUCGUAGCUCUUGGAGGAACCAUGUUUGUUGGUUAUGCCGUCAGCAUCAGCUGUCUUGCGAUAUCUGGAGAAGAACUGACGUUGAGGCUUAGAAGUAAAGCAUUCUCCACCAUUCUACGACAGGAUGUUGCAUUCUUUGACCAACCAACUCAUAGCACAGGUGCCUUGGCUACUCGUCUAUCUGCUGAUGCGUCAAAUGUGAAAGGGGCAACAGGGGUGCGCCUCAGCACCCUCUUCCAGACGGCGGUCACAUUGGCGGCGGCACUCGUGAUCGGGUUUGUCUUCGGUUGGAAGCUAGCCUUGGUGGUCCUGGCCUGCGUACCUCUGCUUGUUGUGGCCGGUGGCUUGCAGCUCAAGCUCAUGCAAGGCACACAGAAGAGAGACUCGGAACUCCUUGAAGAAGCUGGAAAAAUCGCUGCUGAAGCCAUAGAAAAUGUACGGACGGUCGCCUCUCUCACUCUAGAAGAUAAAAUGUACCAGGGAUAUGCCGAUAUGCUACAGCUGCCUUUUGUUCAGGGCCAGGUGAACACUCAAUACUAUGCUGUAGCCUUUGGCAUCACCCAGGGCAUGGUGUUCUUCUUGUACGCUGCAGCCUUCAGGUUCGGUGGUUACCUUGUAUCUCAGGGAGAGAUGACGACGGAUGAAGUAUUCAAAGUUGUCUUUGGUAUCGCCUUUGCCGGUAUCUCACUUGGUCAAGCAUCAGCUUUCCUGCCAGACUAUGCCAAAGCCAGGCACUCCGCUAAUGUCAUCCUCAAUUUAUUUGCCACAAAACCUCUUAUUGAUAACUAUUCCAAGAGCGGCCUUAAACCUAGUACCUUGAAUGGAGAGAUUUGCUACAACACCAUCGACUUCAAGUAUCCUACCAGACCGGACGUAGACAUCCUCAAGGGACUCAAUCUAACGAUCAAACCAGGCCAGACUGUAGCGCUGGUAGGAGAGAGUGGGUGUGGUAAAAGUACCCUGGUAUCACUCUUAGAAAGAUUCUAUGAUCCCGAGCAAGGCUCAGUGUCUAUAGAUGGGAAGAGCAUCACGGAUCUGAACGUGCAGUGGCUCAGAGCUAACAUAUCGGUCGUCAGUCAGGAGCCUAUUCUCUUUGCAUGCUCCAUCAAGGAGAAUAUUCAGUACAGCGUGGAUGGGGAGAUGGACAUGGCGGACAUUGAAAGGGUUGCCAAGAUGGCCAACAUUCAUGACUUCAUCUCUACUUUACCUACAGGUUAUGACACAUUGGUAGGAGAGAAAGGAGCUCAGUUAUCAGGUGGUCAGAAGCAGAGAGUAGCCAUCGCCAGAGCUCUGGCUAGAAAUCCUCGUAUCCUACUCCUGGAUGAAGCUACCUCAGCACUUGAUACAGAGAGCGAAAAGAUUGUACAAGAGGCUUUGGACGCUGCCGUAGAAGGCCGGACAUCCAUCGUCAUUGCCCAUCGUCUCUCCACGAUUCAGAACGCGGACAUCAUCGCAGUUAUCAGAGACGGGGUCGUCGUCGAGAGCGGGAGUCAUCAAGAACUCCUCAAUAAGAAGGGUUAUUAUUAUACCCUAACAGGAGGUCAGAGGUCAUAGGUCAUAGUGAUAAUUCUUGCCUCGAUGAAGUACAAUGUAAA